GUCUUAACAAAGCUAAGAGUCAACUGUGCGUCUACUCAAACUGUCACUUCCGCACGACAAUCAACUGCUCUGGCGUUGCUUUUGAGGUAUCAAGUCCAAAAUGUUUGCCUUGCUUCUUCUCGGCGCUGUCUUUGUCUUUGCCCAAGCGUCACCUUUCAGGAUGAUUGAGCUUGAAGAUAGUCUUCCGCUUGCCCCAAUCCCCAUUCCGGUGGAAGUACAGUUUAUCACACAGAAAGAUGAGGUAUACACUGGCAAGAAGAAUCUCUCCUAUCAUGCUGCUCUCUGUGGGGGAUGCAGUUUUGACGGCUUGAACGCUCGCUUUGCAGUUAACUUGGUGAACAAUCCUUGGGACAAAGAUGAGGGAGAUUACAUCACUGUCUAUGUCAGAGCAACGGAUCCUACUGGCACGAUCAUUGCUUCGAAUGAGGAUGACAUUCUUCCUGACUUCAACUUCACGUAUUUCGCUAAGUACAAAGACUUGUUCUUUGACGUCAUAACAGGCCCAGCUCCCUCCUUUUCGUUCACCCUUUCUCUGACAUUUGAUUACAAAGACAGAGUUUAUCUCCCUCGACCCUGCGUUCCUCGUUGGCAAAUGACUGCUGAGGAAUACGCUGUAGCGAAGAAUUACAGCAGUAAAGAUGUAGAUUCCGCAUACGACCUUAUACCAAUUUUCAAAAGCGCCUCGACUCAAAGCGUCCUUACAAGGAACAAGAAAUUGUUCAGGCUUGAUUACUGCUUUGGUCCAAGUCAUCACUACAACGUCACCAUCACAGUCAUUGCUAAUGAUCAGCAGUCAGGCUUUGCCACAUAUGUCUGUAACAAGACUUACGUUGCCAAAAAAGGAACCUGCGACGUUCUGACCCCGAAUUUCGACAUAUCUGGCGGAGCAGUAAAUGUUGUGCUCAUGGGACUGGAUGGACCGCAGGAUUAUGGACCGAUAACAGUCCGUGUGCGUGGUGAUGGACGAUAUGGCCUGAGUAACAACUUUACUCUUGCUGGAUCGGCUCCUUACACGAUCUUCUAAACUGUCUUAAGACUUAAGACUUUUUUUUUCUUUCCUUUCCUUUCUUGUUUUGUUUUCUUUGUUAUUAGUCAGUUUGCUCUGUUUUCGCUUUAGUCUUUUUGUUCAAAGGUACUCGGUUAACACAAUUUGAGUUAUUAUUUCCGACAUUUCCCUUGAAUGAUAUCACGAAAUUUAGCUUAUUAGAUCUCUGUAGAAAAACGCGAAAGAAGUAAUCUUAAAUCAAGCUUGGAAAAGAUGAUUAAAGAACGGUCCUCUGUCUUUC